AUGGGGCACGCCUUCCGGAGGGUCUUUGGGGCCACCGGAUCCCGGCGGCAGGGAGGACUGAGUUGUGCACGUGGGGGCCUGGUGUGGUACUUUAUUCCCCAAAUACUGAGCGCUCGGUGCCGGACGGUGUUGCGGAAGCAGGGGCUGCCGCACGAACUAGCAGGAAGUGAGACCGAUAAGCCGUGGUUCUCAGACUUGAGUGCCGAGGGCCGGAUUCAGUGGAUCCGGGCAGCGGCCCGACCGGCACCUGCCUUGCCUGUUGCCUCCCCAGGCCCAGCACGGCCCCUGCCUGGGGCGCCUGCACCAUCCCGCAGCUCCGUGCCUGUGCUCCGCGCCUUUGGGGUCACCGAUGAGGGCGUCUCUGUCUGCUGCCACAUCCACGGCUUCGCCCCCUAUUUCUACACCCCAGCGCCCCCGGUUCUGCGCAUCACCCUGGCCCUGCCCCGCCUCGUGGCCCCCGCUCGCCGCCUCCUGGAACAGGGAGUCCGUGUGGCAGGCCUGGGCACCCCCAGCUUUGCAUCCUAUGAGGCCAACGUUGACUUUGAGAUCCGGUUCAUGGUGGACGCGGACAUCGUGGGCUGCAAUUGGCUGGAACUGCCCGCUGGGAAAUACGUCCUGAGGCCGGAGGGGAAGGCCACACUGUGUCAGCUGGAGGCAGACGUACUGUGGUCAGACGUGGUCAGCCACCCGCCAGAAGGGCAGUGGCAGCGAAUCGCACCCCUGCGUGUCCUGAGCUUUGACAUCGAGUGCGCCGGCCGCAAAGGCAUCUUUCCCGAGCCCGAGCGGGACCCGGUGAUCCAGAUCUGCUCGCUGGGCCUGCGCUGGGGCGAGCCGGAGCCCUUCCUGCGCCUGGCGCUCACCCUGCGGCCCUGCGCCCCCAUCCUGGGUGCCCAGGUGCAGAGCUACGAGCGGGAGGAGGAGCUGCUCCAGGCCUGGUCGACCUUCAUCCGCACCAUAGAUCCCGACGUGAUCACCGGCUACAACAUCCAGAACUUCGACCUUCCCUACCUCAUCUCCCGGGCCCAGCACCUCAAGACGGAACCCCUCAUCUUCCAGCAGUUAGAGAUCGACCAUUAUGUGGGGCACUUCUCCCCGACAGCCAGAGAUGCCCGCUGGCUUCGGCCCACCCCACCUUCCCUGGACCCCCAGACGGAACCCCUCAUCUUCCAGCAGUUAGAGAUCGACCAUUAUGUGGGUGAGUUUGGGGACAGAUGUCAUUUUUCUGCCCACUCACAUGACCUUGAUUAUGUUCUCGUCCACACCAGCCUUUCAGACUCCCUCCCACCUGUCAACUCCCUGACCUCUGCCUGCUCCCCGCCCAGACCCUGGCCCUCCCCGCACCCCCCUGACGCCAUCGGUGUCUGUCCCCAGAACGGCAACGACCAGACGCGCCGCCGCCUGGCAGUGUACUGCCUCAAGGACGCCUUCCUGCCGCUGCGGCUGCUGGAGCGGCUCAUGGUGCUGGUGAACGCCAUGGAGAUGGCGCGCGUCACCGGCGUGCCCCUCGGCUACCUGCUCACCCGCGGCCAGCAGGUCAAGGUGGUGUCGCAGCUGCUGCGGCAGGCCAUGCGCGAGGGGCUGCUGAUGCCCGUGGUGAAGACAGAGGGCGGCGAGGACUACACGGGAGCCACGGUCAUCGAGCCCCUUAAAGGGUACUACGACGUCCCCAUCACCACCCUGGACUUCUCCUCGCUGUACCCGUCCAUCAUGAUGGCCCACAACCUGUGCUACACCACGCUCCUGCGGCCCGGCGCCGCCCAGAAACUGGGCCUGACUGAGGACCAGUUCAUCAAGACGCCCACCGGGGACGAGUUUGUGAAGACGUCGGUGCGCAAGGGGCUGCUGCCCCAGAUCCUGGAGAACCUGCUCAGCGCCCGGAAGAGGGCCAAGGCUGAGCUGGCCAAGGAGACAGAUCCCCUGCGGCGGCAGGUCCUGGACGGGCGGCAGCUGGCGCUGAAAGUGAGCGCCAACUCUGUGUACGGCUUCACCGGCGCCCAGGUGGGCAAGCUGCCGUGCCUGGAGAUCUCCCAGAGCGUCACGGGGUUUGGCCGCCAGAUGAUUGAGAAAACGAAGCAGCUGGUGGAGUCCAAGUACACCGUGGAGAACGGCUACAGCGCCAGUGCCAAGGUGGUGUACGGCGACACCGACUCCGUCAUGUGCCGGUUUGGCGUCUCCUCCGUGGCGGAAGCGAUGGCGCUGGGGCGGGAGGCUGCAGACUGGGUGUCCGGCCACUUCCCCUCCCCCAUCCGGCUGGAGUUUGAGAAGGUCUACUUCCCUUACCUGCUCAUCAGCAAGAAGCGCUAUGCUGGCCUGCUCUUCUCCUCCCGGCCGGACACCCAUGACCGCAUGGACUGCAAAGGCCUGGAGGCCGUGCGCAGGGACAACUGCCCCCUGGUGGCCAACCUCGUCACCGCCUCACUUCGCCGCCUGCUCAUCGACCGAGACCCGGAGGGCGCCGUGUCCCACGCACAGGACGUCAUCUCGGACCUGCUGUGCAACCGCAUCGACAUCUCGCAGCUGGUCAUCACCAAGGAGCUGACCCGCGCGGCCGCUGACUACGCUGGCAAGCAGGCCCACGUGGAGCUGGCCGAGAGGAUGAGGAAGCGGGACCCCGGGAGCGCGCCCAGCCUGGGAGACCGGGUGCCCUACGUGAUCAUCGGGGCCGCCAAGGGCGUGGCUGCCUACAUGAAGUCCGAGGACCCCCUGUUCGUGCUGGAGCACAGCCUGCCCAUCGACACGCAGUACUACCUGGAGCAGCUGCUCGCCCAGCCGUGCCAGCGCUGUCAGGGCAGCCUGCACGAGGACGUCAUCUGCACCAGCCGGGACUGCCCCAUCUUCUACAUGCGCAAGAAGGUGCGCAAGGACCUGGAGGACCAGGAGCAGCUUCUGAGGCGCUUCGGGCCCCCUGGCCCCGAGGCCUGGUGACCCCUGACUUCUUCAGGCUUCCCAGGAGGGCCCUGCCGGCGGGGACCGGUGGAGAACUAAUAAAGUUUGGACCUUUUGUUA